CUGUUCAACUAGCUUUCACUGCUCCCUGAAAGUAGCCCUUAAACCGUUGCUAAGAACAGGUGGCCGAUAUGAUGGGAUCCGGGAACAAACCAACUCCCAUGUGAGAGGUUCAUUUCUGGGCAAAAACAUCACUUUUUCGCAUAAUGUCGAGCUGUCUGUGUGCAAAUAAUGGUGAAACAUUGUCAUCAGACACAAUGAUUGAAAUGCCACAUUCACAAGGUGCUUGUUAGGAAUGUGCAACGGCUAAACAUCCUACAGUGUUGUUUUUCACCAUCUAGGCGGCGGACCAGUCGGACUACGACCCCCACACACAGACACGUACCAGGGCUUUUUUUGCGGACAACAUUUGGGGAAUUGGACAUCUGCACGAGCGCCCUGAGCCACAGGGUGGGCGCCGUCUGCGCCGGGUGGCAGGGCGCCGGGUUGCAUUUCAGCGCGAGGCGUCUCCAUUUUAAGCAUCUCUAAGUCCGUUUCAUCCCAGCUGCUCAGCGGUUAAUCAGCCGACAUAAACAGAGGCAGAGGAAAUUUACCUUCUAUAUACCUUUUUUUCUUUUCCAAGAAAGCAUUUUCCUGUUCUGUCCUCGCAGCCGUGAGGUAAAAAUAGAAUAAGAAAAAGGAAAAAAGACUUUACUACGGCUGGAUGACAAAUCAGUAUUCGUCACGCGCUAGAAAAACAAUGGUCGCUGUGUUGUUGUGUUGUUGAGAAACUGCUUUGUUCGCACCUUAGCGUGACUCUGCAGUGGGAGUGAGGAUGCACAUCUCGUCUUACGGCGCUGUAACGCUGGGUCACAUGUCCGCUGCAGGAACAGACAUUUCUUCACACCAUGGGAAGUGACGUCGCGUGUUGACAGCGUGGCUCGGGCACGCCUCCCCGGGAACGAGGGGGAAGCGGAGAGAGCGCGCACGAGAUUGGACUGGCUCGUCGGACUGGCAUGGCUGCGUGCAGCUGGGCGCUGCGAUCCACAUCCACGAGGCUCCUGCCCGGACGUCUGCACGGCGGCACUGCCUGGACGGAGCGACGCCGAGCCGCGCUGUGCUCUCACAGCAUGUUGCAGGGCAUUGGGGGGAUAGAGAGGGAUUAAUAAGGGGAGGGGGGGGAGAGAGGGGGGGGGUCGCACACUCCAGCGAAUGUUCCACGAGCUUCUGUCUCUCCCGCUUCAGACCGUCAGGCUUUUCCCGCACACGGGACCCCCGGGACUAAUGGAGGGAUGCGAUGAUGCCGCUCUUCGCUUGUCAUGCUUGAAUCACAGCUUCAUAUAUCCUUUUGUGUCGGGGACCUCAUUGUCUUCGUCUGUCACUCGAGCCAGAUCGACCGUGGGGUAGCGUGGCGGACAGAGAGCCCCCCCCCCCCUCCUCCCUCCCUCCCCUCUCCCUUGUCUGUUGCCCCUGGCUUCUCAACACUCCCGGCUCCGCUCGUGUCUAUUUACCUCUCUCUUAAGCCCUCCCCUCUGUGUUGAGCUCAGUCUUUCUCGCUCUCCGGCUUCCCCGCCGCUUACUCUCUGGCUCUCCUGGCUCCUUCAGAGAGGGGCAGCGUGUCGUUCCAACCCAGCCGCUUGCUAGAUGACUUCCCGGGAAACGUUUUUCACCUGCCGGCGCCGGCUCCUGAGAACCCGCCAGCCCUUCCAGAUUUCCAUCUCUCCCGGGGCAGGAUGCUCCCCCGCCAGGAUUGAUCCCCGUCCACCAUUCUUCACUUUCCCCCUUCCCCCCCACUUGUCCUGAUCUCCUGCCCUCUGACCCUCACCUCGUUGUCCUCUACCCCAGCCCUCCCCCUCCCGUUCGACCUGAGCCCCGAGCCUCUUUCCCUCUCAAAUCAUUACCCCCCCCCCCCCUCGACCAUGUUGCCAUGUGUCUGCUGGCUCCAACUCAUGCUCAUCUUGCUGUCCUCCGUCUUAAGGACCCGGGGGGAAAACUGCCCAUCAAACUGCAUGUGCCCGGAUCCCCACACGGUGGACUGCAGCGGCCGCGGGCUGACCCGUCUGCCCAAUGAGAUCCCCCUGGACGUGCGCAGGCUGCUGCUGGCCGACAACUGGAUAGCCCGCAUCCCUUCGGACUUCCUGGUUCUGUACAGCGACCUGGUCUACCUGGACCUGCGGAACAACUCCCUUUCCCACAUAGAACCGGGGACUCUCAGCACCUCCUCCAGGCUGGUCCUGGACUGGGCAGCAACAACCUGACCGAAAUCCCCAAGGGGACCUUGGGAGUCGCGGAGCCUGAUCAAACUACGGCUGGGCAACAACCCGUACCUGAGCUUGGUGAGCGAGGACGCGUUCCUGGGCCUCACCUCUCUGAGGGAGCUGGAACUGGAGCGCAACGCGCUGUCCACGCUACAGGUGGGGGCGCUGAGUCAGUUGCCCUCCCUGCGGGCGGUGAGGCUGGAGGGCAACCCCUGGGUGUGCAACUGCAACUUUGCCAACCUGUUUGCGUGGCUGAUGGAGAACAGUCAGAAGCUUCCGAAUGGAGUGGAGGGCAUGGAGUGCUCCCUCCCCAUGGACGGCAGACGUGUUUCCCUGACCCAGCUCUCCAAAGACAGCUUCCGCGAGUGCCAGGCCACACUGACUCUCACAGACCUGCUCAUCAUCAUCUUCUCCGGCAUCUCCGUGUCCGUGGUGGCCAUCAUGACGAGCUUCUUCCUGGCUUCGACUGUCCAUUGCUUCCAACGCUGGAGUAAAGGCACCAAGGGCGACGAGGAGGAGAGUGAGGAGUGAGUGAGUGAGGGAGGGGGUCGACCCCCCGCGUGGUCCCCCGGUACUCCAAACAAUGAGAGGACACCGCAGACGAGGUCUGGUGCAUAUAUCCGGGACUGUUCGUCCAGGACCGAAGCCCUGGUGGGGUUGCAGUUGUUUCCUUUGCACGUGAAGGAGGGCAACCCGAGGACGUUCCCCAGGAAUGAGCCAAAGUCCCGAUAGAAAUUAGCUAUUGCGCUGCUCCGCCUGCUAAACGAUGGAUGGGGGGGGUCAUAUUUUGUGGCUGCUGGCUACAGGCUCCAUGUUGUAGUCCUAGAUAGAUAUAGAGAGGCUAACCCCUGUAAAAGAUCACCAGACGUGGAGGAGGCUUUGCUCUCAGUGCUUUCACAUUAGUAUUAGACGAGCUGCUAACUUCUCAACGUGUAAUCACAUUAUGUUGAAAUCCUGUAAAGUGACAUCCAAGUUUUUAGGUGAUUUUAUCUUCAACCGGGUCAGAAUCCGUCAUAAAAGAAGGAUGUCACACCGACCAACGACCUCAGUGAUUAACUGCCUAUACCACGAUAUGCUGGCCCAUCCUGCCAUUUACAGUGUCUUUUUCACCUGGAGCCUCACUCGCAUUCAAAGCCACUUCUGUUGCUCCUUCUGCACGUGAAACGAAACGGUGGCCGAGGCGUCCGCUGAAGAAGCUGAAGUCCAGUAAUGGUGAGAUGCAGGUAGAUUACAUACGGUAGGCAGUAGGCGCUCACGGCGGGUCUACACGUUCAUUCACUAGCAUAUCCAUUAUGUAAUCGCAAAUUUAUGUCCAAAAGAAAAUAUUGUACAGUCAACUGAAACAUAUAAAUCAAGAGGAUGUACUGCGUAUUCCUUAGAUCGAUGUGGCCUGUGUAGAAAGACAAAAUAAGAGUAUAAUCUCUAAUUACGGCAAACCUGGUAUUAAAUAGAAUCUAAGUAGAACUAUUGUGUCAAAUAAAGCACUUUAUAUGGUGAACCAAAUAUUGGCAAGCCCCUAAUUACACUAUGUAGACUGGUUUUGUGUUUAUCUGCCAAAGAGUAGGUUGAGGUGAGGGAGAGAUGGCGUACGAGGACUUUAGUGAGGAUGGGAACGGCGCCUCGUACUGACAUGUUGUACUCAAACACGUAUACGGUCUCCAAAGAUGAGCUUUUCCUUCUAGAACCAGCUGUAUUACUUUGCCUCAUUCAUGUGGAGUUUCAAACCUUUUAAGAAUAUAUAUUUUUCAAUAUACAAUACUAUUUUUGCUUUAAAGAUAUCCGGAAUUGAAGAACUCUGUUAGGUUUUUCUCCUUUUUAAGAAAACAUCUUCCAAUAACAUAAGUUGCCGAUCUGAAAAAGAUAUUUAAAAAAGCAACAGUGCAGUGAAAUCUACAUUAAACAAAGGUCGCGACCCGAAUACCAUGGGUUCACUUGCAUCCUGUGUGUUUCAAACCCUCCUCCUUUUAGGAUUUGGAAAAGCUCAAAGCUGGAGCGUUUCAUCCCCAAUGCUUAUACGAUGUGUUGUGUUGCUUCCUACAUUUCUGUAAGGCAUGAAUAAUUCACAGAAAUUAAGAUAUGAACCAGAAAGAAUGUCAAGCCCCCAAAUGCAGAGAAAAGAGCCGCAAGCACAAAGCGUUAUAAUUCAAAGGGAAUACUAAAUGCCUGCGUCGGUUAAGAACAAUUCGUGAGCCUGAAAGUGCAGCAUCAAGGAGCACAUUUUGCAUAAAUGAUGAGAAAUACAUAUGUUAUGUUGUUAUUUUUUUAUAUUUUAAUUUGCAUCAAUAAAAGCACAAGGAUCUCGCCGAAUGCUAAUGGUUUUCAAACACGGUCUUUUAAAAGAAGAGACACGUCCCAUGUAGGUAACAUCUUCCACUGUCUGUGUUUAUGUUUUCAUCAAUGUGCAACGUCACGUGUUGUGUUGAAAAUGCUGCGUCCGAUAAACGGUGAAUUAGUCGCACUGUGUGGAAUUCAAAAGGCUGCUGAUUUGAUCUGUUUGAAUUGAGCAAAAAUGAAAUUACACACCGUCGGUCUAAUGAUGGAGAAUUUCUGCCAUUUAGUUCCUUAUUUCUAAAGACAACAAAUAACUCAAAGUUCACAGGGAGCGGAUGAGGUUAAUAGAGGGUGUAAAUGGGACUCUAAGCAAAAGUAUGAAACCAUUUGAUUUUAUUGCAUUAGGGCAUUUUGGAAAGAGCUAACCACCACAAUAACCGCUAAAGUGAAUUAGCUUUAGCGGUUCCCGUCUUCACGGAUAUCCGUGGGUGGAGGCUUCAGUCCAGAGGGAAGGUUUUAUACAUCAUUAUCGUUUCCAACUACUGUGUAGUUACUGCAUAUCAACAAACUGUUGUGUUGGCUUAGCUAUUAGCUUGAAGCAUAUGUUAGCAUGACACUUUCCUUUCUCCUGCUCAUUUUAUUAGGUAAGAAAUAUCAGCACACUAGAGCAUGCACUGUUGAGUUAUCGACAGAAUAAACUCCAGAUUCAUGUAUAUUUUUCUAUUAAAACCUUUCGGAAUGAAGACUUUUAUUUACUCUGUCAGUCCCCAAAGCACAUUUGUGGCGUUGCGCAGCCUGAGAAAGCCGAGACGCUGCUGGCCGCGUUCCUACAGCGCGUCUCAAAUUUUGCUUAAGAUACCAAAAUCCAUGUUACCGUAUGUUUUGUCCGAUCCGAAUGGCUCAGAUCUAAAUGAAGUGACAGCGAAGAGUGUGGCGUUGUUGCCGCGGCUGAAUGCAUUUCCAAAUGUCAAACAGACCAUGUGUGUAGCUGUACAUUGUUUGCUAAAAAGAAAUACAAUAAAAUACUUUUUUUUCUGUC